CAUGAGACAACAUGAAUAUUUUACAGGAUCUCCAGGAGGCCACUCCUUAAACACGUCAGUGCUCCAUUUUAAAGCGGAGAGUUGAGGAUUGUCAGUAAACAGAAUGAAACCUACAAUGAACCAGUCAGACACCAGACGUGUUUUGGCAAUAUUUGUGGCUGCAUCGAGUACUCUAUAUGCAGCAGCAUGUCCAGAGAACCAUUUCCAAGUUCAAGAAACCCUGUGCUGCUUGAACUGCCAAAAUGGUGAGUAUGUUGCUCGCAACUGCUCUGAAGGACCCAGAGGCCACAUUGCUGUAUUAUGUAAUCUAUGCCGCAGAUGUGAAGAAAUUGGAGAGAUUACUGUUUCCAAUUGCACACGGUUUUCAGACACACAGUGUGCCCCCAUACACAUGAAAGAGAUAACCUUGUAUGGUUGCUCACCUGUGAUAGCCGCUGUUGUCCUUCUGGCUGUGUUUCUGGCAGCCUGCUUAUUUAGCAGAAUCAGUAAAUCAGGUGAAUCUAAUGGAGGCUCUGCAGGAGAGCCAUUGAAUAUUUCCAUAUAAAAGAUUCAGAGAGUCUGAAGAAAAUUUUAAAUCAGGAAAAAGGCCAUCAUCAAAAACUGUAUAUCAUCAUUCAAAGAUUAAUUAAAAUGAGAAAUACUGCAGUAAUUUUUUUUAUAAUAUACAAUAUUUGUAAUAUUUUAUUUUAAGUAUAUAUAUAUAUAUAUAUAUAUAUAUAUAUAUAUAUAUAUAUAUAUAUAUAUAUAUAUAUUAAAGACCAAUUCUAGCUGUUAACUAACUAUUCAAGUCAAAUUACCUUUUAUUUAUUUAGUGCUUUAUACAACACAGAUCUUGUCAAAAUAUCUUUACAGUUAAACAAGAAAAUAGUGUAAUGCAAACAAGAUUCAAUACUGCUAUAAAGCAGUUCUAAAAAGAGGACAAUAGUAAACAGUAAAAAACUAUUGACUAUUAUUAUUAUUAUUUUGUAUUUUUAUUUUGUUUUAUUUAUUUAUUUAUUUCUUUUGCCUCAAUGUAUUCCUAAUUUGCUAGUUUAAUAGUUAAUAGUGUGAAUUGGUCCUUAAAUAUAUAGGUGUGUGCACAUCUGUUUAUUUCAUAUUUAGAAAUGUAUCUAUGUUCAAAAAUACCUGCUGCAUGAUGCUGCUCUUUUAUUUUAUAUUAUUUCUUUAAGAAGAAAAGGAGGGAAAAAAAUGGAACAUAUCUAUAGUAUCUAUAGUAUUUUUGUAUCAGAUAUUUUUAGUUUAACAACUUAUAUGUGACCCUGGACCAUAAAACCAGUCUUAAGACGCUGGGGUAUAUUUGUACCAAUAGCCAAAAAAUACAUUGUAUGGGUCAAAAUGAUAGAUUUUUCUUUUAUGCCAAAACAUAAUUCGGAUAUUAAGUAAAGAUCAUGUCCCAUGAAGAUAUUUUGUAAAUUCCCUACCAUAAAUAUAUCAAAACUUAGUUUUUAAUAAGUAAUAUGCAUAUCUAAGAACUUAAUUUGGACAAUUUUAAAGGUGAUUUUCUCAGUAUUUCGAUUUUUUUUUUUUUUUGCACCCUUAGAUUCCAGAUAUUCAAACAGUUCAAAAGAAAUUCAAAACAUACAUCAAUGGAAAGCUUAUUUAUUCAGCUUUUAUGUGAUGUAUAAAUCUCACUUUUGGAAAAUUUACACUUAAAACUUUCUCUUGUAGCACUCUAUAUGUAAAUUUUAUUUGUACUAAUUGGAUGUUGGAAAUUGCUCCUUGUAUUAAUUGUUGUCUCGAAAUUACUAAAAGUUUUACCAGACUGUCUUUUGUUUAAUUUGAACUUUUAAUACAAGUGACUGUGAAUCUACAAUUGUUUAGCCCAACAUCUUAUGAACAAAAUUUGUUCUGAUGCAGUGUCAUGUUUCUGACAAUAGAAUACCUUAUCCAAAUUGCCUUUUAAAUGUUGAUGACUGAAUUUGAUGACUGCCUAGACAAAAAAUAAAAUUGUACCGUUUUAUGUCA